UUUCUGCCCCAUAGAUAUGGGAAGCUGCACGUCCAAGCUAACGGAGACCACCCCAGGCACGCUGUGGAUGAGAGGCUGGAACUGAAAAACACCAUCUCUUCCAUCCUGGGGGCCUGGUUGGACCAAUACUCAGAAGACUUCCGCAAGCCGCCGGACUACUCUUGCCUCAAGCAGCUCAUCAUCUACGUGCGUCUCAACAUUCCCGGGUCAGACCUGGAGCGGCGAGCGCGCAUCCUCUUCUCCCAGUUCCAGCAGCAGGAGAGGGCGGAGCCAGAGACAGAAGCUGUAGACCACGGCAGCUGCUCCCUGCGUUUGGAGGAAGAGAACGGCUUGGCGGAAGGCAAGCCGGACUUCCUCUCCUUCUCUCCAGAGAUGGUGGCUGAACAGUUCACGCUGAUGGAUGCUGAGCUCUUUAAGAAGGUGAUGCCUUAUCACUGCCUGGGCUGCAUCUGGUCCCAGCGGGACAAGAAAGGCAAAGAGCACUUGGCCCCGACCAUCCGGGCCACCGUCUCGCAGUUCAACAGCGUCACCAACUGCGUCAUCGCCACCUGCCUCGGGGACCGGGGGCUGAAGCCGCAGCAGAGGGCCAAAGUGGUGGAGCACUGGAUCGAGGUGGCGCGGGAGUGCCGAAUUUUGAAGAAUUUCUCUUCUCUGCGUGCCAUUCUGUCUGCCCUGCAGUGCAACGCGGUACACAGGCUGAAGAAGACGUGGGACGAGGUGUCACGGGAGAGCUUCCGCACUUUCCACGAACUGUCAGAAAUCUUUUCGGACGAGAAUAACCAUUCGUUGAGCCGGGAACUCCUCAUCAAGGAGGGGACCUCUAAGUUUGCCACGCUUGAGAUCAACCCCAAGAGGGCUCAGAAGCGUCAGCAGCAGCAGCGAGAGAUGGGGGUCAUGCAAGGCACCAUCCCGUACCUGGGCACCUUCCUCACGGACUUAGUGAUGCUGGACACAGCCAUGAAGGACUACUUAGACGGAGGCCUGAUCAACUUUGAGAAAAGGAGAAAGGAAUUCGAAGUCAUCGCUCAAAUAAAACUGCUCCAGUCAGCCUGCAACAACUACAGCUUCACGCAAGAGGACCGCUUUGUCGGGUGGUUCCACAGCAUUGACCGGCUCACGGAGGCAGAAAGCUACAGCCUCUCCUGUGAGAUCGAGCCUCUAUCAGAAUCCGCCAGCAACACUCUGAAGGCAAAGAAGAACCCCGGCAUCAUUAAGCGCUGGAGCGACCGGCAAGCCCCCAGCACGGAGCCCUGUGCCGGCGGCAGCUCCCACUCCAAGUCAUUCGACCAGCUGAAGUGCGGGCCGUACCUGUGCAGCGGGGACACGGCCGACUCGGUCAGCGUCACCUCUGCCGGCUCUAGCAGCUCUGACGUGGAAGAGAUCAACAUCAGCUUCAUCCCCGAGUCCCCCGACGGCCAGGAGAAGAAGGUACAAGACAGCGGCUCGCUGGGCUCCACUCGCGCCCAGGGGGGCAGGUGGCAGUUCUGGGAAUCCACCUCUCUGUCCUCCUUGGACACGUCGGGCAUCGGCUCCAGUUCCAGCAGUGCCUCCUCGUCGUCUGUCUCCUCCACGCCCGUGCCGGCCUCCCGGACCCACAAGCGCUCCGUCUCGGGCAUCUCCAGCUAUUCCUCCCUCUCCUUGCCCCUCUACAACCAGCAGGUGGACGACUGCUGCAUCAUCCGCGUCAGCCUGGCGGUGGACAACGGGAACAUGUAUAAAAGCAUUCUGGUGACCAGCCAGGACAAGACGCCGGUGGUGAUCCGGAAGGCCAUGGCAAAGCACAACCUAGACGGGGACCGGACGGAGGACUAUGAGCUCAUCCAGAUCAUCUCAGAGGAGAGAGAACUCAAGAUCCCAGACAACGCCAACGUCUUCUACGCCAUGAACUCCGCUGCCAAUUACGACUUUGUGCUGAAGAAGCGGGGCUUCUCCAAGGCGGUGAAGAUUAAACACGGCUCCAGCUCCACCCUGCCCAGGAUGAAGCAGAAAGGCCUCAAGAUCGCCAAGGGCAUCUUCUGAACCCGGGGCUCGGCCUUCCUGGACCAGGCCUGGGGCAGGGCUGCUUUUCCACCCUGGGCUUUUGGAUCCGCCGGAGUGGGGCUCAGCCUGUUGCCCCUGACAGCAGCAGCUGCUGGAGAUUUGCCUUUCUCGGGGUUGCCACGGCCGGGGGGGCAGGAAGAGAACUCUUGAAACGCUGGAUGCCGCCGGGAGGGCGGAAGGGGGCCCUUCUCGACCGCAGCUCGCUCCUGUGUCCCUCGGUCGGCGGCAGGCAUUUCUCGCCUUGAAUCGUGCUGUUUUUCUACGUGGAGGGUUUUUAUGCCAACCAACCAACUUCCCGAGCAACAAGCACCGCGCUCCACCCGUGGCCGCCGGGAGCUGGAACCCGCCUCUUCGCCGUAGGUGCCUUCUGUCUGCGCCGCUGAGACCGCUGCCACAAAGAGACGUGGGUGUUCUCUCCUGUUACACCACAACAACCAGGAAAAGCGGAAAGUCCUGGCCGAGGCCCAGAGGUGGACGGCUUGGGUGCUCUGGAGCUAGAGCCAGUUCUGGGCUUUGGGGCAGAUGAAUUCAGCAUCCCCCCUGGAGACAGUUAUUAUACUUCGCAACCCACGCUUGCCGCCGUGGGUCGCUGAGCCCGUACUACUCCUCCUCCUCGCGUGUUGCCUGCAGAGAGGAGAUGUUGAGGCACCUUGUAUGGAUUUAGCUGCCAGAAUCUGGAUUCUGGGACAGAACGGCUGGCCCCCCUUGAAGGUGGGGGGGACUUUUCCCCUCGGGCCCCAGCACCAAAGAUCAAACGUUUGUUUAUAGCCGGAUUCUUCAGUCGCCCGCCGGGGAUUGGAACUGGAGCAAAAGAAACCUGUUUAUGUACAGACUUUGUGAAAACUGUGGUGGGAGUUGGGGAAAGAGAGAGCAGGAGCGCUCUGCUCGGUGGGGCUGCCCGACCUCUCUCUCCCUCGCCUCUGCCCUCUCUGGGGAAGAUGCGGAAGAACGGUGCAAUCCUGUGUUCUGAUCUCAUCAGAUUUUUUUUUUUUGUAAAAACAAAAGCCCACACCACCGCCUGAACUUAACUAUUUUUCCAUAUUUAUUGGUUGUAAAUAGACCAGUGGCGUUUGUACAUUUUACUAACACAUGUUGAAAAUCCACCAGUGAGGUCUCCGGGUUUUAAAUGGAAGAAUUGGGGGAGCCUGGGAGGGGGAUAAAUGGGCCUUC